UUGAUGUCCAACCAACCAGUGCUGUCGCCUCCCUCUGUCCGCUUAUUCUCUUCUCACUCUUCCCAAAAUACCCCUAAUCCUUCGUUCAAUUUACCCUCCAAAGCCCUCGCCUUUCCCUCCAUUUCUCUCAAACCCUACACCGCAACCAAGGCUCGAGCUUUGGUCAUCACUUCGCCGGUUAGUACUCUGGCAGAGGCCGAUCUAAUCCCCGUGCCGGAGGGAGCGGAGACCGGGAUCUACGCCCUUUUUUAUCAGAACGGCGAGCUGCAGUUCGUCGGGUUAUCGAGGAACAUAGUGGCGAGUGUUCUCUGACACAGGAAGUCGUUGCCAGAGCUUUGCUACUCCGUCAAGGUUGGGGUGGUAGAUGAACCAGAUAGGGCGGUUCUAACGAAGCGGAAAUCAUGGAUGGAAGAACACAUAAAAGCAACCGGGAAGGUUCCUCCGGGAAAUGAAUCAGGCAAUGCCAUAUGGGUCCGAAAGCCACCACCAAGGAAGAAGAAGCCUGGUCUCCGGCCUAACACCCCGUCCUAAUGUGCAGCUGACAGUGCCAUUGACCGGUUGGUGAAAGAGAACAAAGUCGUGGCCUUUAUUAAGGGCUCGAGAAGUGCCCCAUUGUGCGGAUUUUCGCAGAGGGUUGUUGGCAUUAUUGAAAACCAGGGGGUGGAUUAUGAGAGCGUUGAUGUGCUUGAUGAAGAGUAUAAUAGUGGAUUGAGGGAGACUCUGAAGAAGUAUAGUAACUGGCCAACUUUCCCGCAGAUAUUUGUGAAUGGGCUUGGGGGCUGUGAUAUUCUAGGUUCCAUGCAGGAGAAGGGUGAGCUUUCCAGCUUGUUUAAAAAGUGAUUGUUCAAAUUUUGGUCCGUCUAUGUGUUCAAAUUUUGGUCCGUCUAUUUAGAUUGCCAGAGUUGAGCAGGGAUAUGUGAUAUUGAAACUGCACCAGGCAAUCGAGUUCGUAUUCAUAUAAAUUGUCGUUUGGGCAGUCGUGUGUAGGUCUUCGAUCUUCUCUCUCCUAGUAUCGCUUGUGUCAAAACCACAAAUGAACAGUGAAUUGGGGUGAAUUUUGAGUUAUUUACAAAAUUGCCACCGCCUCUUCACUUCAGAUUGGAAAUUUCGAUUUAUUUACGAAGUUGCCACCGCUUCUCCCGUGCACGUGUUGACCAUCGCAGAUAAGGUGUUCCGUCGGUCUCAAUCAAAGUGGGUUGAGGAUGGAGACAGAGGCAAGGGAACUCAGAAGAUAUCUGUUUUGUUGAGCUAACAAGAAAAGGGGAGAAACAACGAGAAAGUGCGAAUCUGAGAAUCUGAAGUAAAAAAUGAUUAGUGGGGUUUUAGUUUCUGGCACUUUCUUCCCUGCUUUCUAAACCCAGAAGCAGCAGCUUUUUCUCUAAACCCCUUCAAGCUCUGGAAUUGUUCAGAAUGAAUUUCUUCUCGUUAAUGUAAGGGUUUUCUUGAAAUUGAGCAAUAACAGUUUUUGGUAUUGAAUAGACUGGUGGUGAAUUGCAGGGAUAGUACUAUUAGCAUAAGUAGUGAUAGUGGAAACAUUGAAUAAGAAUAGGAGGAAGAUAUAUUGAAGCAAAAUUUUCAUUUUCUAGAUGCUUAAUUUGCUAAGCUUAAUUAGCAGAUAAAGUAAUCAAUAACAAUUGAACAACUCGGGUGACUUCUAUAGACAUGGCCAUUGGCCAGCGAUUGGUGAAAAGGCGUCAGAUUUAUGUGGCUUGAAUAUGUCCUCUAUGGGGUUGUCAUUAAAUUCUAAGGGCCAUUAUAAUGGUCCUAAGAAUACUCUUCUCUUUUUUUUUUUUUGAAAAAACGUGUCUUAUCUCCUUUUUUUUUUUGUGGAAAAAAGGUCCCUCUAGCCCCUGCUUUAGGUUACAUUUAUAAUGGCCCUGAAAAUUUAAUGCCAACCCCAUAGAGGACAUAGUCAAGCACAUAAACCUGACGCCUUUUUACUAAUUGUUGGCCAAUGGCCAUGCCUAUAGAAGUCACCCAACCAUUAUGCGUUGUUCAAUUGUUCUUGAUUACUUUCUCUGCUAAUUAAGCUUAGCAAAUUAAGCGUCUGGAAAAUGAAAAUGUUGCUCUAAUAUUUCUUCCUCCUAUUCUUGUUCAAUGUCUCCACUAUCACUACUACCUGUUCUAAUAGUACUAUCCCUACAAUUCAUCACCAGUGUAUUCAACACCAGCAAGCAACUAUUGUUGCUCAAUUUCAAGAAAACCCUUACAUUCGAAUAUGACAGUUCCCAAUGAUGGAUUCGGUUCCCAAGCUCCGACAAUUCUGUCUGUGGCAAAUAGAAUUCAGGAAGAGUGGAAGAUACUGAAGAAGGAUUUGCCAGGCAAGUUCUUCCGUUUUUUAUUUUGAAUUUCCUUUUAAAUAACUGUUUUGAAUUAAUAGUAGUGAAGUUUUCCCAUACUUAGCCUAUUCAUUUUUAUCAAAUAUUUUGCACUGACUAUUUCAUGAUGCUGACUGCUGUAAUUAAUUUGGUUUUGUUUGGAGUUGAGAAUAUAUGGACUAUAGUUGUUGGAUUGGUGUUUGUACUAUAGAAACUCAGAUGUGCUUACCCCCUUUUCAUUGACAUCCACAUAUACAAUAUUUGUUAGAGCUUAUGAGACAAUAAUGGAUUGUGUGAGAGCUGUAAUUGUUGGGGUGGAGGGUACUCCUUACCAUGAUGGUCUCUUCUUCUUUGAUGUUUGCUUCCCCAGUGGCUAUCCCAAUGUACCACCAGUAUGUGAUAAUUUUGAACGCCUAGAAUUGAUUUGUAUCUGUUUACAUCUUCGGCCUAACCGGGAACUCCGUUAUGCGGAAUGUCUACUACCACUCUGGUGGCCUUCGAUUUAAUCCAAAUUUGUACAAUUGUGGAAAAGUAUGCCUUAUUCUUAGUUCUGGACAAACCAAAUUGCAUGUGUAUUUGGUGGUUUUCUGCAUUUUUGGCAUCUUCAUUUUCCUACUUUUGUGGUCUUUGCUUUCAUUUUACUGGAACUACCCUGCUUCUUUCUCAUGGUCCUUAAACGUGUGCAAGUUUGUAUUUUUCUGAUGGAUUAUACUAUUGGGAACUUAGUUACUUUUAUUUUUUUAUAUUUGUUUGUUGGGUUUGUUGUUUUCAGAAAAUGAUUGAAACUCUGUAAUCUGUAUAUAGAGUGUUAAAUGAGUAUAUGAUUAAUGGGGGGGAUUUUGUUUUCGAAAGGACAGUUUACAUGUUUUGUGUCAAUUUGGCUGCGAUAGUAAGAUUACUUCAUGGAACAGUGUAAUUGUAGUGGCAUGUGAAUGUCGAAUUUUUUCUUAAUUUAAUUUCGGAAAGAAAUGUGUUUAACUGUAUAUGAUGAAGUUAGCAUCCUUAUAGGUUGGGAACUCAAUUAGUGCACCAUUAGUUGUGCAAAUGUCUGAAUAUUGGUGCUUUUUCCGGAAAAGGUGCUUUUUGUUUUCUGGAACCGUUUGGAGAGCACACGACUUGAGGAUCUCAGACCCAAGGUAAAAGAUUGUAUUUGUUUUGGGAUCUAUAAAAGGAUAUUACAUGGAACAUAUCUUGGCUGUUGAUACCAUAUUUGGAUUCUAAACUCUCCAAAGCUGCCUUCAUCUGGGUUAUUUUCUCAACAUUCUCUUUUUCGUUUACGGUUGGUUUCGUAUACCAUUGCAAGUGUUAAAUUUGUGAUUUGUUGUUUAUGUAGUAAAAAAAUAGGAUGGUUUUAUUUUUUUUGUGAGACUUAAGAGGUUACCUUCUGCAAACGCAUAAAUGGACUUUUGAAGAAGGCUGUUGACCUCUCUAUCCUCUACGAUGCUGAAGUUGCCCUCAUGAUCAUCUUCUCUCCCUCUGGCAUGGCCUGCCAAUCUGCAAGCCACGAGCACAAGAAGUGGAAUUGAAAAGUAGAGAAAGCAGCCGAGCUUCAGAGCUUGACAAAAUUGUAACUGCACUGAUGUUCUCCUCCAACGAAACCGUCAAUUGCCUCCUCGCUCAAGGUUCUCCCCCUAUCUCUCUCUCUCUCUCUCUCUUUCUCUCUCACUUUGUCUCUCUAAAAUCUUUACCCGUUAAAUUUAUUUGUCUAAUUUUGAAUUUGAA